AUGCAAAAUAUACAGUCUCCGCUUCCACCUGCUGAGAAGCACUCUGCAAAGCGCGCCAAACGGCCACGCGCUGCGCAGGCGUGCGACCGAUGCAGGCUGAAGAAGUAUAAGUGCGACGAGCAAUAUCCCUGCUUGCAUUGUAAAAAAAGCGAUCUCGUCUGCGUGUAUCAGGGCAAUUAUCGCGAGCGCGAAAGCAAUCGCUCAGCAACCUAUGUCGUCGACCUCGAGAAGAAGGUCGAGGAACUGACAUCAAGACUUCGUGCGGUAGAGGGUGGCACAGUCGAUAUAUCGGGAACAUCACCCGCCGUACCCAAAGUCCAUCAAAGUCAAACAGCCGCCGAAACAACACCAUGCUCCAUGUCCCGGACUGGAUCUACGCCCCGGGAAAUAGCCAAAAUCCCCGAAGGACGUGAAGAGUCCACCGAGAGUGCAGACGAUGAGCUAAAUGAAUUCAAUCAUCACACGAACGGCGUCGAGUUCCACGGUAGUACCUCUUCCGCCGCGAUUCUGGGCCAUCUGAAAAAGGCGCGCGAGCCCAAAGGCCAGGAAGAACCAUAUCUGCGUGCAGCUGAUUACUCGCUCAUCUCGACGCUGCACAAUCCCAGCUUUUCGCCUUCUUGCACCGCCGGUCCGGGGCAGAUGCUGUCGAUGGAACAGCAGAACUAUUAUUUCGAUCAGGCUCAUAUCUUUAUGAAUGGGUAUUUUGAGAAUAUACAUUUCAUUCAUCCUCUUAUUGAUAAGGAGGAUUUUCUUCUGCGCGCUAAUGACCUUUGGUUUAAUCGAUCGCGUGCCCCUGAGCCUAGCUUUAUUGCCUUGUACUUGAGUAUUCUUUCGUUCGGGUCUCUGGUACGGGUUUGGGAUGAAGGUACCCUGGCUGGCCUGGGGCGUUUCGAGUGGAGCCGGAAGCUGUUUGCUGAGGCGCAAGUUUACUUGAAUCAUUUGAAGUUUUCGAAUGAUAUUGAGACGGUCCAGUGUCUCUAUAUUAUGGCCAAAGUUUGCCAAAAUGAGCUUAAUCCUAACCUCGCCUAUAUGUAUCUUGGUCUGGCUGUGCGCACAUGCCUUUCUGCUGGUUUCAAUCGAGAGGUUCCGUGUCCAGGGGAUAAUGUGCAACGCGCCGGUUGGAUAUCGAAGACUUGGUGGGGUCUUUUCUCACUAGAAAUAGAAAUGAGCUUCUCAGUCGGACGACCCGAUACCCUUGGAAUGGAUGAAUAUCACAACCGCGCCAUUCCAGAGCGAGAUGACUCCGAGUUCGCCAUCAUCCCAUGGAUGAUCGACUUUGCACAGAUAAUUCGGCGAGUAUCCGUCCAGAUCUACCAUUCCCGUAUCUCAUUGCAAGAGAAAUUACAGCUUGCCCUUCAAAUCGAGAUGGAAAUGGACCGAUGGCUCGCACGACUGCCAGAAAAGAUCAAACCAGAUAUUGCCGGUCACAGAAUGUCCCGCAGUGCCCUACGUGAUCCAAAGUGGGCACGGAGGCAAAGGCUUGUAUUGGGGAUCCGCUACUAUAAUGUCAAGAUGCUACUCUUCAGACCUUUCUUGAGUCAUUUCACUCGCAAACUAAGACACCCACCAAACGAACUGGAUCAGACAAUCGAGAAAUGUCUAGAUGCAGCCAUGAAGACUAUCCAGGUUAUCUAUGACAUCUACCGAGUGCACACCUUCUUCCGAUGCUGGUGGUACAACACAACCUACGUAAUGUUCGCCACAUCAACCCUCCUCCUCCCAAUGUCCAAACUAGGCAUGAGCAACGAAACAAUGCCCCUCCUCCGUUCAGUGGAAAUGGGCGUAGAAAUUCUAGAAGCAAUGGACGAGUCCGUGGUAGCUCGCAAAUCAGUAGAGAUCAUCAGGCAAUAUAUCCGGGAUUUCAAAGCUUCAGGUGCCACCCAACCGACGACAGGGACGGCAGAGGGUGAUCAAAUCCCUGUAUCUGCGGAGACAGGCCACGGGGCAGGAUUUGAAGUUCCAGAAUGGGCGUACGGCUUCGGAUUCCCGGAUUACUCUUUCGAGGGUAUUGCCCGUCUUUUCGAUGAUAUUGGAGGGUUACCAAUGUUAGACGGGUAA